AUGCAGCGAGACGUGCUCGCUCUGCGGCUGGAGAUCUCUGGACCACGGCAUCCAGACACCAUGAAGGCAAUGAACAACCUCGCAUCGACCUUGUGUGAUCGUGGUCAGUUGGACGAAGCCGAAAAGAUGCAGCGAGACGUGCUCGCUCUGCGACUCAAGAUCUCUGGACCACGGCAUCCUGACACCAUCAUGGCAAUGAACAACCUCGCAUCGACCUUGCGUGGUCGUGGUCAGUUGGACGAAGCCGAAAAGAUGCAGCGAGACGUGCUCGCUCUGCGGCUGGAGAUCUCUGGACCACGGCAUCCUGGCACCAUCAAGGCAAUGAACAACCUCGCAUCGACCUUGUGUGAUCGUGGUCAGUUGGACGAAGCCGAAAAGAUGCAGCGAGACGUGCUCGCUCUGCGGCUGGAGAUCUCUGGACCACGGCAUCCUGACACCAUCCUGGCAAUGAACAACCUCGCAUCGACCUUGGCUGAUCGUGGUCAGUUGGAGGAAGCCGAAAAGAUGCAGCGAGACGUGCUCGCUCUGCGGCUGGAGAUCUCUGGACCACGGCAUCCUGACACCAUCCUGGCAAUGAACAACCUCGCAUCGAUCUUGCGUGAUCGUGGUCAGUUGGACGAAGCCGAAAAGAUGCAGCGAGACUUGGACGAAGCCGAAAAGAUGCAGCGAGACGUGCUUGCUCUGCAGCUGGAGAUCUCUGGACCACGGCAUCCUGACACCAUCAUGGCAAUGAACAACCUCGCAUCGACCUUGCGUGGUCGUGGUCAGUUGGACGAAGCCGAAAAGAUGCAGCGAGACGUGCUCGCUCUGCAACUCGAGAUCUCUGGACCACGGCAUCCUGGCACCAUCAUGGCAAUGAACAACCUCGCAUUGACCUUGCGUGAUCGUGGUCAGUUGGACGAAGCCGAAAAGAUGCAGCGAGACGUGCUCGCUCUGCGGCUGGAGAUCUCUGGACCACGGCAUCCAGACACCAUCAUGGCAAUGAACAACCUCGCAUUGACUUUGCGUGGUCGUGGUCAGUUGGACGAAGCCGAAAAGAUGCAGCGAGACGUGCUCGCUCUGCAACUCGAGAUCUCUGGACCACGGCAUCCUGACACCAUCAAGGCAAUGAACAACCUCGCAUUGACCUUGCGUGAUCGUGGUCAGUUGGACGAAGGCGAAAAAAUGCAGCGAGACGUGCUCGCUCUGCAACUCGAGAUCUCUGGACCACGGCAUCCUGACACCAUCAUAGCAAUGAACAACCUCGCAUCGACCUUGCGUGAUCGUGGUCAGUUGGAGGAAGCCGAAAAGAUGCAGCGAGACGUGCUCGCUCUGCGGCUGGAGAUCUCUGGACCGCGGCAUCCUAACACCAUCCUGGCAAUGAACAACCUCGCAUCGAUCUUGUGUGAUUGUGGUCAGUUGGACGAAGCCGAAAAGAUGCAGCGAGACGUGCUCGCUCUGCGACUCUAG